UGACUCAUGUGACUAUUAAUAACUUUACAAAAUGGCGCCUAAUCCGAAACCACCCGAGCCUUACCUGACAGGGAGAACCUCAGCCCUUAAAGUGGAGGAAAUUGUUAACAUUCUGAGGAGUCCAGAUGAGAGCAAGACCAUCCAGACUGCCCCCGCCACACCCCAGGGAGGGGAGGUGUACCUCUAUAAGAUUACCUCGGGAAUGAGAGAAGAUAUCUGGAAGGAUGACAAAUAUCACUUCCGAAGUGAUGGAACCCGGAAGCAGCCUGGCUCAAGUCCAGUCAUAGUGAAGCAGUACCACAAGGCUUACACCGAGGACAAGACGACAACAAGGGCCUUUGUCAGAGAAGCUUCGUAUCUGUACAACCAGCCUCUGAAACACGUUCUAGUGCAAUAUAUCGGGGACCACACACAAGCACAGCCUGCUCCUCAACGAAAGAAGCGUGGUCAACAGACACUUCAUUCCCCAGGUGACAGUAAAUGUAGGAAAGUAGAAUCAACUGGUGGAGCUGUGCAGUCAGGUGUCACGGAGAACACUAACUCCAACCUGGACCCUGAAGAUCAUUCAUCACCGACAGAAUUGGAAGACAACGGUACAUCAAACACUAUUCUAGGUGUAACAUUGAAUGAAGCAAAGGUGUCAGAGACUGAAACAAAGAAUGAUCACGACACAAAUCAAAAACGCUGCAGGACAGGUGAUCAUAGAGGUGAUGAUGACAUUGAAUAUUUGGGUACAACGUCAGGCUCCCCUGUCAAGAAACCCCGUUGGCAGCCUCAACUUGAAAAUGACAACACAAUUGUAACCUGUGUCACAAACACACACUAUGCUUAUCUGUACACAUUUCUAGAAGAUGUAGAAAGGAAUCGGGAUGUGAUAAGGGUCCUGCGACAAGUCCUAGCAUUUUCUAGGUUCUGGAACAAGGACUGUACCAACAAAGGCAAUCCGUGCUUGUCACUCAUUGAAGAGGUCGACAAGAACUGGAAUCUAGAUGCAAUUAAAGCAAGGAACUGGGUUAAAUGUUCUGUAAAUACUGACGUGCUGAGCUUGAACCAAGACCAGUCAGUUUACAUAAACCUCAUCGCAGCAGUACUUGUUGGAGCAUGCCAUACCAGGACUGAAGUACAGGACUUUGUGAAAACACUGAAGGAUCCUCCUUCACACCUGCAGCAUGUACAAGAGGACGUCCCCCUGUCACGUGGCUGUACAUACACAGUUGGCUGCUACACCAUCAGAGGAGAUGUUCUGUCUCGCCUGGAAACCAACGAGUGGCUGACAGAUGAAAUCAUGGACACAUACCUGCACCUCCUGGAGGGAGAGUGGUGUUCCCGUGUCAGCUUCCACUGUCUGGUGCUGCCUACAGAGACAAUCCUACUGUGGGAGGCAGGACAGUACACAGACAGAAUAAGGGGGAAAGAUGAAAAUUUGACAAACUACACGUGGAUCUUAAUGCCAGUAAACAUGCCACGUAAUCAACAUUGGGUGCUACUGGUGGCUAAUGUCAAGGAUGGAACAGUGGGCGUGGUUAAUUCUAAACCCUCCUUAGAUGUGGAGGACAAGGUUGUACAACACUGGAGGCUCUUUGUAAACCACUUGAAAUCUACGUCUAAAGAAGGGAGCAAGUCAUGGAUGAAGAAACAGUACCCAGUGAUAGAACAGUCUGAUGGACACAGCUGUGGGAUAUUCGUUCUGAUGGCUGCUGAUGCAAUUUUGUCGGAGAGGUCUCCAGGCAUCAUGAGGAACUGUCACGUUGAGAAAAACAGGCUGUAUGUGCUUCAGAGGAUACUACAGUAUGCCAAGGACAAGGGAGAUAUGCAAGGUGGAGGAAAUCACAUGAUGGCAGUUGAUGGACAGGGUAAUGUUACGUAAUUGGUGACAACCGAUGGCCAGUUUCUUAUGAAAUCAUCGUCAAUUCCACACGGAAGCUAUAACAAUGGCGGUUGGCUUACAUCCACACCACUAACAUCAACGUGCCCCGUGAACCAGACAUCAGUAGAAUUGCCAGGGGUGUAUGUUCCGGGCCACCUGGGACAGGCAGUUUCCACAGACAGACAAAGAGUUAUGGAAGAGAGAUACAUCGCCUUGCAGUCAUCCCAACCAUAUCAUAUAGACGGAAAUCUUAACGACCUCCUUACAGAUCCUGCACGCUUGGAGAUAUGUUCACCCAAUCAACGAUCAGAAACCAUAUAUGGAAUCUCAAGUCAUGUUCACACAUAUGUCCAUGCUCUAGUAGUUGGUGACACAGUGCCUAGUUCAGAUAACACUAGUAAUUCUGAGAAUACCAUCAUUCACUACACUGAGUCUGGGGAAAAGAUAGAGCUGCUGCAGCUCUAAAAGUGGUCUAGAAAGGAGUUAUCAUUGUUAUUAUGGUGUCCAGUGUUACAGUUUACAUAAACAGUUUUACAACCUCCAUUCGGAGUCAGUCGUCCGAAUUUGGUUUGCAGAAAAUAACGAGUUAUUUGUCAUUUGUGUCGAUGUAGCAUUGAUGUUUCGGUAAGCAUAUCAAUUCCA